CAGAUCUUAACACGACAAUGGAGUCGUUGCUGCUCGCAUGCCAGACUCGUGCCCAAGUCGAAGACGUCCUCGAGAAGGCGUUUGAUGGGCUUCUCUAUUCCAAGAACAUCGGGGGGGUCACAAAGGAUAAAGCUCAGGAACAGCUGCAGGACGUGGUGGCAGCUGCAUUGACGCCAGAGUCUUCGUCCGCACUACAGAACGUCCUGCAUGAAGUCACACGCAACUCCCAGUUGCAUCAAUUGUUGGUGGACAUCCUGAGUCCCAAACGACGUCAGAUUUGGAGACAAAUUGCAACGACGACAACGUGCUUCCCCUCACUGCCACACCACGUAGACCUCAAUUGGUACGUCGACGUGCCCGUAGCUUCCGACGCACCCAUCGCUCGCCGUGAGCCAAUUGCAAGUGUUGAGAUUGCUAUUCAAGCCACUCCCACUCGCACCACGAUGUUUCCACCUUUGCGGCACAUAACAUUCCAGGUUGAUCGAGACGGAGUCGAGAAAGUCGUGUCAGAGCUGCAUAAAAUCCGCGAUCAAUUGCAACGGCUUGAGACGUCCACGAGAUUGGCACCUCCUGAGGAGCCCGAUGACGACGAGUUCCCAGCCCGGGCGAACACUACAUGCCCAAGCGCCGUGCAGUGCAUCUGCAGUAGUCGCUUGUCCAUCCAUGAUUAAUUUGAAGGCCCAGAGACUUCGCUGCACCGUGAAAGUUUGGGAACGGUCACGGAACAUGAACAUCAUGUGGGCGCCCUGGGCGAGACCGAGCGAAGUCCAUUCACGUUCGAGUUGGAAAAAUCAAAUCCAUCUUGCCGCAGGGGAUCUGCAUCACCGCUCGAAAUCAAUAGGGAAAUAGGAACGUGUGUCGAGUCACCAACAACGACGACAGGUGCGGGGUCGACUUGGGUUACGUUUCAUUCGUUCUGGAUUCGCUAGUCGUCGGCAUCGUAGCCACGGUUCAGGCCCUGUUGAAUGCUAGACCUCUUGUCC